UUGAAGCCUCUAAAGAACCUGGUUACCCUAAGGGUUUGCGUCAACACUAAACGCCUGUCAGAAAAUCAUUCGCAAAAUUGAAUACCAAGUUAUUUUUCUCGCGAUUGGAAAUUGGAUUUUCUCUGAAAGUAAUCGCUUAAAAGCUGGGGAAAACCAGAAUUAGCCUUCUUUGGGUCGUGGACCAAGAUUUAAAGUGAUUUUCAGCAGCUGAAAAAGUUAACUCGGCGGCGGAUCGGAAAAUUCAACCGGCAGACGCUGUUUUCUUUGGCCAAAUUUGCAGACGUGAGCGCUUGCAGCUGAAAUGACCAACGUGGAGAUCUACGACUCCUCCAAUUCGCAGCUGAGUAGCGACGAGUAUAGCCACGAGGAGGAGGACUACGACGCCUUAAUGGACGCGGCGGUAAGCAAGCAGCGCCCCCAGAAGACAAAAUCCAUGGGAUCCGAGUCAGAGAAACCCGGAAAUGGAGCUCCGGAAUCGGCGGUUUCCACUGAAAAAGAUAUAGAGCCGGAUGGCGCGGCGGUACCGCCUUCGACACGCUCAGAAACAGUCCGCCGCAUCCGCCAAUUGCAGUUACAGCGGGGCAGGUUACCCAAUCUUUACUUCAAGCGUCGCAGUAUUCGCUGGAUGCGACCCAAUAAAAUGGAAUACAACAACUAUUUUGACGGCCUGAAGGAUUUGGUGCCCAAGCGCAAAUUGAAGCACCUGGUUCGCUUUAAUGCCAGGCAGCGCAGGACCUACGAUAGCAGGAGCCCCAGUCGUAGUCGCAGCCACAGCCGCAGUCUUAGCCGUAGUCGUAGUCGCAGCUAUUCUCGGAGCCGCAGCGGCAGUGGUUCGCCGGAACUCAUUUGUCUUGAUGACACGGAGAACGAGGAAUCACCUGAGAAACCAGAGGCGCAGUCAAGGGUUACGCCCAUCAAGGAAAAUAUUUCGAGUGUUCCACCGCCCCAACUGAACUACGAGAUGCCAGAGACGAAAAAGGCAAACGCUCUUGGAAAUAACGAAAACGGUGCCUCUAUCCUCGACGAGUUCUUGGUAAAGAAGGAUCCUCAACAACCAGGAUUUGACUACGAAAAGCUCUCCGCAUGCCUAGAAUUGGAACAGGCUCUAAAGGAUCAAUCGCGAGGUGAGCCAGAUGUAGCACAGUCGCUGGUGGUUGAUGCCACUCUUAAGAGACGACGUUCGGUAACACCUCCUGAAAGCGACGAGAAACGCAACAAUGUCGAGGAUGACGACAUAAUUGAGUUUUUACCGGUGCAGCAAAAAACAACAAUAGGGGCAGCUCCACCAUUAAAUCUUCAAGUGACCAGCACUCCAGCGGCUAAUCCUCUUCAGCAUCAGCCAGCUUUUAAGCUGAGCACACCGUAUUCCCUAGCACCGCCAUCUUCUGCCAAGCAAGCUGAAAAAUCCACUCCCGAAUCUUACAGUUUAAAUACACCUACGCCAACGGCCACCCCUAUGGAGAUAUCCUAUCCCAACGAAAAGCUGUCAAAAGGUAAUGGGCAGUCUUUCUCAAUUCAACAGGCAGCUUUACCGCAGGUCGCUGCAUCAUAUGCAGCUGCCCCCCAAAUGGCUGCCCUCGCCCAGAGAGCUUCAUCUCAGGCUGCUCCACUACUACAAGCCCCUGUGCAACAGAUGCACUUCCCAAGAUCAGCUCCACCACAGCAGCUUCCUCCAGCCAGACCUCCACAACAACUGCCUACAGCUUCAUCCGCUCCACCGCAGCCCUUGGCUCGACCGAGACUAGCUUCACCACAUCAACUGGUUCCGCCAAAAGCAGUGUCACCACAGCAUCUAGCUCCACCGCAGCAGCUAGGUACACCUAGAUCAGUUCCACAACACCAGUUAGGUAUACCGAGAUCAGCUGCGCCACAGCAGGUAGCUCCACCACAGCAGCCAGAUUCAUCAAGACUAGCCUCGGUACAGCCGUUGAUCCCACAAAGGGAAGCUGCUCUACAUCAGAUUGCCCCACCACAGCAGGUCCACCAAACCCCAUCUCAACCGUAUCCUGCUCCAAUUGUUGCUCCCAACUUUGCGGUGCCCCAGCAGCCGCAACCCCGUCGAUCGGAUACGGUGUCUACCCAGACGCAUGGUUUGCAAUCACAAGCGUCUUCUUCUUCAACAACUCGGCAAAAAUCAUCCAUUGAUCUCAACAACAGCGAUGCCAACUUCCAUUAUCGCAUCAAGGAACUCUUUGGAGAAUUUAAUUCGAUAAUGAUAGAUAAAAUUGACUCGGUGCGCCCUGAAAAGGAUUCAUUAGGAAAAGAGAUCGAAGCCCUCGAAGCGGAUGUUACAACCCUAGAUAAACUGAUUGCCCAGAAAGAGGAGGAAUACAACCGUCUGCUGCACCUGCGUUGCGUUAAGAAGGAGCUGACUUAUCGACUGAAGCGUAAACAGCGUCUGGCGCUUAUAAGGGAUCUACUGCCCGUCCUCCUCAACAACAGCUGCAGCGCAGAUGAGCUGCGCGAGAUGCAGACGAUGCUAGAAGAGGAACAGGAUGCUCCGAUGGCCGCCAAACAUGGUCUGUCGGCAGUCGAAAAAUGUCUUAAUUUCGCCGAGCACAACCAGAACAACAUACGCAUUCUGCGCGGUGCCAUGGGCUUAAAGGAACGCGCCCCGCCCGUGUCUCCGCGCUAUUUCGAGGAGGACCAAAAGCUUUUUCGAAGAGAUUCCUUGCCCGUAAGUCAUCUAUCGAUGCGCGAUCAACGUUAUGAUUCUCAGGAUGCUGUAAAUGACCAUUAUCAGGCGGAGCAAAAUCCGUACAGAGCUCCGCUAGCCAAGCGACCAAAGCUAAUGCACCCGCAAGACAGGAACCUGGAGGUGUCAAGCUCCUUGGCAAAUUUGUCUGACACUCUUUCAGAUUCGCUCAACAAGAUUAGGGCUUUGAAAAAAUCUUCCCGUAACAUCUCAUUGGAAAAUAAUUUGGAUAAUGAAUCACUAAUCGAACCGCUGUUUAACAGCAGUCCGAUGGUCUCUCAUCGCCAAUUAGCCAGUAGACAGCACUACCCAGAAUUACAUUCCGCUAGUAGCAACGACCAAGAAAAGGUCGAAAAAAGGCACAGGUCUCACAAGAAAAAGCCGCAUAAGAGCACCCAUAAGUCUCAUCCUGAAUCUUCCGCCACUGCCAACGGCAAAACAGGAAGACGCUGCCACGAGUGCAAGCUUUAUGAAGCCACCUACAUGUGCUCCAAGUGCCAAAAUCAAUGGUACUGCAGUCGUGAAUGCCAGCUGCGUGGUUGGGACUCACAUUACCGCACUUGUGGCAUUUAAGUAGACUACCCAUAGGAUAUCAGCAUUACUAAUGUUUAUAAACUAUAACUAUCGCAUAUGAGCUACUAUAUUUACUUAACCGCGUAACUCACUGAAAGAUAUAGGACACU